AGCGACGCUUGCGUUGCAUUAAGGACUAUGUGUCUCAGGUCUGAAGGGGAAAUUAAAUUGAAUAGACGCCCUUCGGGGGCGGCAAGCGCCGCAGGCUCUUAUUGCCGUACUCUUCACAUGCGACCUGCAGCACUAUGGCACCGAACGAGGCAUCUGAAGACGCUGAUUCCAGGAGGGGCUUCUGUGCUCCCCUUUUCUUCCUCCACUUGUUUCUCAUUUCCUCGGAGCAGUCCUGUCCGAACGGAGGGAGGAACGGUCCAACGUCUCUCUGCUGCAAGUGGCUCCCUGCCAGAAGAUGGCUGCGGCCCUGGAAUCGAAGGAAGGUCGAAGAGAAAGCUGACACGAUCGUCUAAAGUCCCAUCAGAGACACCAGAUUCACCUCUGUUGCCAAAUGGUGUAGACCAUGGUACCUCCGACCCGAGUGGGUCCUUCGAGCAGUCAGGAGCUGUUGGGCUCCCUCCCCCUUGGCUUCUUCAAGAGGCUUAUGAGAAUCUCCUUCUGACAUUGCAUCCCCAGAUACAACACCGAGCGGCAUAUUCUUCUGGUGAUGGAGGCUCCGUCGAGCCUACACUUUCGCUGUAUUGCCCUAUUGAAGGCGGAGAGUAUGUCAUUGAUGCUACUGUCAGAGAAAUUGCUAGCAGGGCUCGCGCGGAUGUUGUAGUUAUUGAUGCUUUGGAUCUGGCAGCUGGAGAGCAUGGCAAGUACGGUAAAUCCGCGUCCAUCAUUAAUUUUCAUUCGAAUCCUUUGCACCAUUCGCCGACCCCUACACUCAUUGGGCGGCAAUUAUGGGCAAGAAACGAGAAGGACGAAGAGAUCGACGGAGAAGGGAUGGGACUGCCCUUUAUAUUUGGGGAGCCUCAGUCUUUUACGAUCCAGAUCCCUGUCGGAGUGCAAUCUACCUCAUUCCGUGCGGCGCGCGGCACCCCUAGUGGUGCUUCCAUCGUCCCCUUGGCUCGGCACGGACCUUCACAACAAACAAAGGCAUUCUUCCAUGAGAUAAUAAAUAUCGAUCAGCCCGUUCCAAUCUGCAGUGCAAGUGUGGACAAGGCUGAAGCUUCUUCGGCUCGCCCAAGACUCAUAUACAUCAAAGAUUUUCCGCUCAUCGCAAGCCAGUUCUCUUCGUGGUAUCCCGCUUUGCUUGGCGCGGUACGGACCCGUCGUCAGAACGGCAACCCUCGUUCUUCUUUGCCAAUUUCUCAACCCACGACCAUCGUGUUCGGGAUCACUCCUCCAUUAAUUGGCCCAUCUAGGCCUUCGUCGAAACUUCCUAGUUCCCAGAGCGUCGUUAGUGUGCUCACUGGGAAUUCUUUGACUUCCACUAAGCUUCCUCGUCCCGAAUCUUGGUCUGAAGGUGAUUCCAAAUCCAGGGAGCGCCGUCUGCGCGAGCGACUAAGGAAGUGGCAAAAAGGAGACGAUUGGCUUAGUGAACUGCCUCACUUUGGGGGAACAUCGUUGCCACACAAAUAUCCCAGGGUUUUGCGGGCUGACUCGAGCCUUCUCGGGAGUGACAACAUUCUAUCUAUUCCAACAGGGAGCAGUCCUCGCGCUUCUCUGGAUCCAGUCGCUGCUAACAAAAACGGCUAUUUCAGGGUGGUUGGAGUUGUGCCAGCCUCUCGAGAUCCCACAAUGGAAGCCACCGGCCGAUUCUCACGUCGCCUUCACUAUAAUGAGAUGGCGUUCAAAAUGGCUGUGGCAGAUGCUGGGGGGUCAUUGCAGGGGCAUAUUGCACUGCCAACAUCAGACCCAACGAAGGUGGAAUCGUCACUAUCUGCCUUGACCGUUGCAUGGACUCAAUCGUUGGAACCUUGGAAAAUCUUGAAGGCGGCCGCAGAUGCGGUCGUAGCAUCGCGAUUGGGGGUUCUCGGCGUCCAGCGCACCGAAUCCCUCGAUCUUGUGACCAUUACCUGGUCUGAUGUCGAACGAACGAUUAUAAGUGAGGCAGAUGCACAACAGCUGAGGAAGGACUGGAUAGAGAGUUCUGCCUCAGCACUAGUGGACGAGGAGAAAGCCGACGUCGAUGCAGUCAGGGAAGAAUCAACCAAUGAUGUCGAUGAGAUCCUUGAGUCGGUAAAGAGGGAUCCAGAUUUGGAUCAACAUGAGCAGCGCUUGCUUGGCUGCAUCGUUGACUCGGCCACAAUGCCCACAACAUUCAAAUCCGUCCACCUUCCCCCCGCUACAGUUGACUCCGUGCGAACCAUUGUCUCACUUCCCCUUCUUCACCCCGAAGCGUUUGCGACUGGUAUCUUGAAGACUCAUUCGAUGAAUGGAGUACUCCUCUUUGGCCCCCCUGGCACAGGCAAAACUUUGUUGGCUCGUGCAAUUUGCAAAGAGAGUGGCGCCCGGAUGAUGUUAAUUAAGCCUUCAGAUGUUAUGGACAUGUAUGUAGGCGAAGGCGAGAAGCUGGUCAGAAGUGUGUUCACUCUAGCCAGAAGAUUGUCCCCCUGUGUUGUUUUCCUGGACGAAAUCGAUGCCUUGUUUGGCCAUCGAGUUUCUUCCCGAGAUGGUGGGAGCGCUAUGGCACAUCGGGGUGUCAUAACAGAGUUCAUGCAGGAAAUGGAUGGAUUGAAGAGUUCAAGGGACCAGUCCGUUAUAGUUAUCGGCGCUACCAAUCGCCCCUUCGAUUUGGAUGAUGCGGUCUUACGGCGAUUACCGCGACGCCUAUUGAUUGAUUUACCCGGUCCCACCGAGCGAGAAGAAAUCCUGAAAAUAUUACUUCGCGAUGAAACGCUAUCCCGUGACGUAGAUCUUGGAGCCCUUGCAAAGCGAACUGACGCUUUCUCUGGAUCGGACCUCAAGCAUCUUUGCAUAGCGGCAGCGCUUGACGCAGUUAAGGAAAAUGUAGAUGUCCCCUGGGCUGUUCCGUCGAGGUCCCCAACGCCUGCGACAAAGUUUGAAAACGACCAGCUUGUCCCUGACAUGAAAACCAUCGGACCGCCCCAUAAUGCCCAGGGCAUCGAUCCUAAAGAACAACAUUUGCUUUCGCGCACAUUAUCCUUGCGACACUUCAACAAAGCAUUGAGGGAGAUAACACCUUCGGCCUCUGAGGCUCUUGGCACCCUAGUCGCCAUUCGAAAAUGGAACGAAGAGUUUGGUGAAGGGUCAAAGGGAAGACGGAGACGGGCAUGGGGGGACAGGUUUGGAUUUAGUGCUAUUGGUGCCACCACCAGUGACUCUACCGAACUGAACACUGUAGAGCCUCACCAGAGCAUAUAAUCAUCGCGUUCGUGUUUCCACCAUGGGGAGUAGCUGCGAAUUCCCAUUGGCACUUGGAAAUUCGAUUUCCAUUGAUGCUGUGUAAUAGAAUCACCGCCCACCGUUCCACUAUAGUGCUAAACUUCUGACGCAGCAACAUCUGGCUCUGUGAAUUGCUUGCGGCGUAACUUCGACUUUUCGCUGCCCUCCCGAACCGCUUCUUCACCAACUUUAUUGAGACCUUGCGAUGACCAGCCCCCGUCACAUGAAGGGCACUUCAAUGGCCGCGAUUUGGCCGCCUUUUUUCGAGCAUUGAAACAAUGCUCGUGCAAACGCACUCGGCAUUCUGGGACAAAGCAUGAUAAACCCU